AUGUACGAUUGUCAGGAUAGUUUGCUGCCGAAGGAAAAUCUCUUAUGGACAUGCGCUGGUGAAAAGAAGGAGCUUGAAUGGAUAGAGAGAGUGAGAUCAGAAGGAGCUGUUCCACUUCUUGAUCCAGACAAUUGUCGAAAUGGUUGGGCUUCUCCACCUGGGGACAAGUUCUUAGUUAGAGGUCCUGACUACUUGUCAACCAGAGUUAAAGUUCCUGCUGGUGAAUAUCUUCUAAAGCCUCUUGGUUUCGAUUGGAUUAGAAGUUCGACAAAGAUUGGGGAGGUCUUAAAACAUCCAAACAGUCGUGUCAAGAAGGCUAUUGAGGAGGAGUUCCCGACAGGUGAUAAGCCUUUUGUUUGGGCUUUCAAUCUUCAAGUUCCGAAUAAGGAUAAUUACAGUGCUGUGGCGUAUUUUACAACCAGAGAGCCUAUUCCUGAGGGGUCCUUGAUGGACCAGUUCUUGAAGGGAGAUGAUGGGUUUAGGAAUUCAAGGCUUAAAUUGAUUGCCAACAUUGUCAAGGGCCCUUGGAUCGUGAGGAAAGCAGUUGGGGAGCAGGCCAUAUGCAUAAUUGGGCGUGCCCUUUCUUGUUAUUACUGUGCAUCAGAUAGUUUCUUAGAAGUAGACGUGGAUAUUGGGUCUUCCAUGGUUGCAAGUGCAAUAGUUCAUCUGGCAUUUGGUUAUAUCACAACUCUGACUGUUGACCUUGCAUUUCUCAUCGAGAGCCAAACUGAAUCAGAGCUUCCAGAACAACUUUUAGGUGCUGUAAGAUUCUCUGAACUAGACCCUGCGGUGGCAAGGCCAACUGAACCAUAUCUUGGUAGGAGUACUGGCAGUUUGCAGUCUAAUCUGCCUACACGGUUAUGGAAGUCAAUUGGACAAGGAUUUUCCAACAUGCUUCAUUCAGGUGACCAUGAAAAUGGAUCUAGCUCGGGUUCAGCACAUGUUAAUGGGAUUGGAGAUAAUGAAAACAGCUUAAAAAAUGAUAGUCAAGUGAAAUGUGAUGGCGACAAAACAAAGUGAUUCGAAUUUGUUGAAGCAUCACAGAUCAAACUUGUCAAUAUGGAUUGCCUCACUUGUGUCUUCUGCUUGUCUCUGAUUAUCCGGCGCUAUGGAGUAGGAGGCCUUGGGGUAGGCACUGAGCCCUAAUUCCAGUUGGCAAGAUAUUCACAUUAUCAACAUUUUAAUUUAUGUAGGUACAAUUCUUUUGUUCAUUUGAUAUUUAAACGAGUGUGUAUAGAAUAGCGUCGCCCUGUGUAAAAAGCUAUAGCGGUACCCUGGUACCUAUCAAGAUUCCACGAAUUAUCCCCCGAUGAUGGCACUUUUUAACGUUUGCAACACUUGUUUCCCCAGUUAAAAUGUUUCUAACAUUUUAUUCAUGAAAAAUUUGGAUUCCGAAA